AUGAAACAUUGUAGGCGUCACAAAUUAGCAAAUGACCGUGUACACCUCGUGGGUGUGGAUAAGGAUGGUCGUGAGUAUGUGAACUGCGUCAAGAGUGUUAAUGGAAGUCAAGCAACGGUAGCACUCCCGUCUUCUGAUCAUAUCGUUGAUUCUACUGUAUAUUUAAUCUUUCCCGUCAUUCAGCUGAAAGUCUCGCCACAGUUUGAGGACAUGCGAGUUGGAUGUUACGUAGUAUGGGAUGUUAAAAAGCAGUUAGUGGUUCAAGAUUGCUGGGUGCAGCAAGCGAUAUCAAUGAAUAACUGCGAAGAUCGACGAUGCGUUGCGAAGAAGAGUACGUUCUGCUGUUGCUAUGGGCAUGGCUGCAAUGAAGAAUUCAAUCUAUCGAAUAAUUUAUACGAAAGUUUAUAG